AUGGUCGCUUUUAGCUUCCUCGCAUCACUUGCUCUCAUCGGUAGCGCCGUUGCUCUCCCAUCUUCGGAGCCCGUUUCAGGCAAGAAAAGGGGCUGUGGCGAGGUGAACGUCGUGCUCGCCGGUCUUCCUCCCAAUCACCCUUUACUCAUCGCUCGGGGCUUUCCCCCCGCAGUCGUUAAUGCAGCCAUCAGGUCCGAAGCCGCCGGCGUCAUUGCUGCUGGCUACAACUUCAGGGUGGUGUUGCUUGGACCUGAGGUGGACGUGACAGCUACCCUGGGCAAGAAACUCAAGGGAACAGAUUGGUCUGUUGCGGUUACCGGAAAUGGUCUUAGAAGCGAUAACACCGUUGAGGGUACUCGCCAUUUCGAGAAUAUUCUCCAGUUGUUCCGCAAGAAGGCGCCCAAUGCGGUCUUGGCAUUUAAUCGCAAUGCGACUACCACGCUUGAGGCUGUGCAGCGUUGGGCUCCGCUUGAUAGUGAUUGCAAGGACUCGCCUGGAAAGGACCUU